CUCGGCCCUCAGACACGUCUUUAUCAAAACAAGAUGAAAAAGUUCCUGUUGUUGCUUCUCUUCUGUCACGUCUCAUCUCCAGUAAAACACUCACUGAAGUUUUUCAUCACUGCAUCUUCUGGAGUCCCAAACUUCCCAGAGAUUGUGGCUGCUGCAGUGGUGGAUGAACUCCUGAUUGGUUACUGCGACAGCAACAAAAAGAUAGUAGAACCCAAACAGGACUGGGGGAAAACAUUUUUCGAAAACAAUCCUCAGCAGUUGGAGUUUUACACUCAAAGAUGUUCUGAGAUUGAGCCAAACUUCUAUAAAGCCCAAAUGGAUCACUUCAAGCAACGCUUCAACCAAAGUGGAGGUGUCCACAUUUUCCAGAGUAUGGCUGGCUGUGAGUGGGACGAUGAGACUGGAGAGGUCAAUGGUUUUAAUCAGUAUGGUUAUGAUGGAGAAGACUUUCUAGCAUUCGACCUGAAGACAUCGACAUGGAUCGCUCCGAAAUCACAAGCUGUCAUCAUCCGACAAAGAUGGAAUGCUGACGAAUCUAGAAUAAAACGCAUUCAGAUUCACCUCACUGAGAUUUAUCCUAAAUGGCUGAAGAUGUAUUUGGACUGGGGCAAGAGCUCUCUGCUGAGAAAAGAUCUUCCCUCAGUGUCUCUCCUCCAGAAGUCUCCCUCCUCUCCAGUCAGCUGCCACGCUACAGGUUUCUACCCUGACAGAGUCUUGAUGUUCUGGAGGAAAGAUGGAGAGGAGCUUCAUGAGGACGUGGACCUCGGAGAGAUCCUCCCCAACCACGAUGGAUCCUUCCAGAUGAGUGCUGACCUGGACCUUUCAUCAGUCCCAGCUGAAGACUGGAGGAGGUACGAAUGUGUGUUUCAUCUCUCUGGUGUGGAGGACGACAUCGUCACCAAACUGGACAAAGCAAAGAUCAGGACCAACAGAGAGAAACCUUCUGACAGGACCAUUCACAUCACUGCUGGAGUGGCUGUUCUUGCUGUCAUCCUCGUCGCUGCCACUGGAUUCAUUUUUUUUACAAAAAGAAGAAAGCCAAACUCCCUCCACAAUAGGCUGGAAAUACUGAACACCUUUUGGUGGAUCUGCAGAGUUAAUCUGAACGACCAGCCUCUGGACAGGCUGCAUCAUCCUCUGUUUAUUAAAGGCAGCUCAGUAACAGUGGGUUUUUCCUUACAGCUCCUGACAACAGCUCUGAGCUCUCUGAGAAACUGA